UGCCAGCCGGUGCAUAGCCGGUGCGCUCGCAUGGGCAGCCUACCGGACCUGACGGAGCGCUCCCGUCCGACGCCCGUCCGCGCGGCCGUGCGGACCGUGUCUGACCCGCACCGCCACCGGACUGUUAUUACUCCGGUAAGCCUAUGUACGUAGUAUGCCAGCCGGUGCAUAGCCGGUGCGUUCGCAUGGGCAGCCUACCGGACCUGACGGAGCGCUCCCGUCCGACGCCCGUCCGCGCGGCCGUGCGGACCGUGUCCGACCCGCACCGCCACCGGACUGUUAUUACUCCGAUCCCAGUGAGCACAAUAUACAAGAAAGAAUGGCCUUGGAAGAAACAAAAAACUCCUAUCCGAGUGGCGGGGUCCUGCAUCGGGCCCCGCAGACGGGACUCAGCUGCGUCAUCCGUCGGGGCCGCUUCAGUACGGCGACUACUCGCCCGGCAGCCCCCAAAGUUACCAAAACCUCUAGUCAACAGAUUCACCCUUCUUUGUAUAUCGAGUGGCCUCUGUGCGACUGCUCUCCUGCCCUUCACAGCCUUCGCAGGCGCCGAGGCAGGAGCAAUGCCACUCUCAAUCAUGCACACAGCAGCAGCAGUCGUCGCUCCCUUCUCCCCCCUCAUACUCCAAAAGACUGGAACGAGAUUAGUAAUUGCAAUAGCACAUACGCUAGUCUGUGUGCUGUUGACUGCUCACACGGUAGAAACUCCCCUACCAGUUCUACUUGCUUUAUAUGGAAUCUGCGGCGUGUCGUUAUCUCCAAUGUCUUUAGCUCUCUCAGCAUCAGCAACAUCACUUGCUCAAGCGGCGGGCGAUGAAGCCAGGAGAAAAGUGGCACUUAGAAGAGCAUUAAGAGCGCUUAGAGCAGCUCAGGACCUGGGCCUAGUGUGUGGGUCAUUACUUUUAGGCUUUGCUUUAUUGAUAUGGUCUGAGGAGGUGUCAAGGCCUUCUACCCCAGUGCCAACUAAUAUAUCGGUGCCGCGGUGGCCUCCGCCUGAAGAGUACUUCUUAGAAGAUGAUUAUGAGGAGCGUACUUGCGGGUCCGCUGGCUGUCCAGACAUGCAGACGCUAUCGGGCACAGUAUUAGACGCCGAUGGCAGAAUGCUACUGGUAGCCAUGUGGGCAUUCCUAGCACUGCUAUCAGUGGGACUGGGCGUGUACGGUGCUUCCUCUGCGCCCGCGCCGCCACCCGAUGCGCGCUCCGUCUUCGGAGACCCGAGGACUUUGCUCGGGGUGCCAAUGGGUCUGUUUAUAGGACUCCAACAGGGAUUUAUUUAUACAUCGUAUAUUAAGUGGUACGGAGUAUGCGUGGACGGGUGGUGGUGUGCGUGGCGCUCGCUCUGCGGCACAGGGGUGCUGCAGGGCUUAGCCGCCGGCACUCUGUCCAUGGCCGCCGCGAGGGGCAGACGUGGCGCACUCGCGGCGGGCGGCGGGGCUGCGCACGCGUCGCUAGUGCUCGCGUUAUUGCGCUGGAGAGCUGCGAAGACGGAUCUAGCGCUGCCUGCUUUGGCGGCCGCUGCUUGGGGCGCGUGUGCUGCGCUUUGGGAUGUGUUACAGGCUGGCAUCUGCAUCGGCGGCCCCGGCUGGCGGGGAGCGUGGUCGAUGAUCCUAUCUGCGCGGCACUUAGGACUCGCGCUGGCAUGCAUCGCGCGAACCAUGCUGUGUGUUCGGUCACAGCUGGCAGGGCUGGCUGCCGCGUUGCUGGCGGCGCUGGUCACGCAUACCAUGCUGGAGCUUAGGUUGCGACGAGGAGACGCGAAUCGCCAAAGAUCCUAGCGAAGACCAACAGCGACGCAACUGGCGGCGCUGGCACCGACGUCAGACGACGUCGAGGAGCACGACGUUCCUGACGUCGCGUGCCACGUCAUCAGUUAACGUCGCUGGCAGCAUGACGCCCAACGUCGGCCGUCAUACGUCGCUGGCAGUCGGAUGACGGCAAACGUCGCUGGCAGUCGAAUGACGGCUAAUGUCGGUGGCGGUCGAAUGACGGCAAACGUCGCUAACAAAAUAUAACGUGUUGUGACACAGACAUUGUUCAAUGUACAGACAAUUUGUCUACUUUUCAAAAGCACUAAACUGUUCUAUAAACGAGUGAGAUCUAUUUACCUUUCUACUACUACUUGAUAAAUAUUUUGUGAAUGUUCUUGUGGCGUAUGACCGGGUUUAUCAAACGCUGACGUCGGUCUAGAUCGACUUUGACUCGAAGUCGGUCGGUAUGACAGGUGUCGAAGGUCUGACAUUGCAAUGUAGAAAUAAUUAUGUAUUAUAUGUAACAAGCUUUAUAAAUCAUAAUGUACAAAUUAUAUUAUUUAAGGCCGACUUCAGCGUUUGACCAACCAAAAGUAAUUACAUUAUUUUUAGUUUUUUAUACUUCCGCAUUAAGUUAGUUUAUACACCCUACAAUUUUCUUCAACUCAAAAAUUUACAUAGAAAAAGUGAUAAUUUAUAAUAAGAAACUUCACAUUGCACAUUACUAUGGUAUCUCAUAAUUUUCUAGAAAGCUUUAAUGUAUAGACAUUAUAAUUAUAAUAUUGGAUCACACGACAUACAUACCUCUAUGACUGGUGGAAGUAAGGAUAGUAAAUGGGAAGAAAUCAAAAAAUCUGGAGAUCUAUGGAAGACAACACAUUACCAUAAAAAAUUUUAUUGAACUAAUUUUCUUUGUUAAACGCGAAAACAAGAGUGAGUUUCACCAUUUAACUGUAAGUAUAACCAAACCACAACCAGCGCGAAAUUAUCUUCUAACGGUCAAAUCGGUUUGACAAAUGAAAAUGUUUCAGUUAUAGUUAAAUUGUGCAACUAAUUGCAACUCUAUUGGUGUUGUCCCAAAUCUCACUAAAACAGCUGGACCAAUUACAACUGAAUAUUUCUUACUUCCACAUUCAUGGUUAACCGUACAAAUCAUAGUGUAACACUAAGGAGCUCUAUUCUGUUUUAUAAAAAAUAUACUUUAUUUUAAUACCUACCUGUUAUCCUCGACUGACUGUUCACUCUAAAAGUCAAUGUUUUAUAAAUGUUUAGGAUAAAGUCGUUGAAAUGGUUUUUAGACUGAUCGGGUUUGAAUGAAUUCAGUAAUGUUUUGCGGCAGUAAAGAUCAUCACAAACAAAACGGAUAAUUAUUAAUUAAAGUUCAGCUUUUUUGACGAACUCACUUCAUCCGAUUUCAUAAAUACAGUUCAGUAAUUCAGCAUAACAGCGUUUCUAUAAACGCAUCACUGUCGCAUUAAACGUUGCCUGAAAUAAAAUAAUAAAGUUACUGAGUAUGAGUAUUAAGACUACAAGUCAACGUCAGCUAAUAAAGAGUACAAAAAUACGAUACGCGAAAAUGAAUCUAGUUGGUUGAAAUCAAAUAAUUGAAAUAAACUGAAUCUCAAUUAUGGGCUCAAAUUGAGAUAUCAGCACUAAAAUUUCUACUUUGACAUGUGGCAAAUAGUAAUAAAUAUCAAAAUGUAAGACACAUUUUACCUGUUUUUUUUUUGUAUGAAAUUACCUAAGUUACACCUUUGACACGAAUCCGAGGCAGAAAAUUAUAAUAUAAUCAUUCAAGCUACGGAAAAUAAUAACCAAAGUAGACAAACUAACUUAAAGACAGCCAAUUCUAAUUUAAUUUAUAAGCAAAAUGUUAAUUUCCAUUUUGUGACUUUGUAAACUAAUUGAUGUCAGCGUCAAUUUGUCAAAUACAAAUUAAAUAGAUGUCAAAAUGUUAUUUUGGUUAUAACAGGUAAAAGGAAUGGCCGAAAUACUGUAUAAUUGUGCAAUAUGAUUUGGAUAUGAACAUAAAGUAAAGAUGUUGGACGUGAAUGUUAGGAUAAAAGUGGUGUUAACGACAAAAAUAUGAGAAUAA